UUUUAUGCCAAUCUCCUCCCGUCUUUGGUGUUUUCUUUUGCUUCCCUUGUGGUGUACGUCCUCACUUCAGCUCACAUUGAAUUUAUCAUCUCGUUCGCUCACCCUCUUUCUGUUUUAUAUAAAAAAGUUCUCUCCCCCUUCCUCUCCGGUGGUCCACCUAUAAUAUAUAUAGUGGAAUUACAUGUCAACAAUUCUUCCUGGCUUGGUUAGGCAUUAUUGAUGUCCUUGCGGUCCUGGCAAUGGAUAAGUGGAGCUUUUUCUCUGGUAUAUCAAUUUGCGUCCUUUUGAAUUUUGCAUCAGUUGAAGCAGCUCCAAAGGGCUCGCUUAUCACAGGAUUGCCUGGUUUCAAUAGCGUUUUCCCAUCAAAUCACUACUCAGGCUAUAUAACCUUCGAUGAUAAGAAUCUUUUCUACUACUUCAUUGUUUCCGAGAGAAAUCCAUCCAAAGAUCCCGUGGUUCUGUGGCUUAAUGGCGGGCCUGGAUGCUCUAGCUUCGACGGCUUCGUAUAUGAACAUGGGCCAUUCAAUUUUGAAGAAGGGAAACCUAAAGGAAGCCUGCCAAUAUUGCAUCUCAACCCGUACAGCUGGUCCAAGGUUUCAAACAUUAUUUAUCUGGACUCUCCCUGCGGGGUUGGCAUGUCUUACUCCAAAAACCAAAGCAAAUAUAUAAACGAUGACCUGCAAACGGCUGCUGAUACGCAUAGUUUUCUCCUCCAGUGGUUUCAGCUAUAUCCAGAGUUCGUCGACAAUCAAUUUUACAUCUCGGGAGAGUCAUAUGCUGGGAUUUACGUGCCUACACUUUCUGCUGAAGUGGUGAAAGGAAUACAGGCAGGUCAAGAUCCUGUCAUCAACUUCAAGGGCUACCUGAUAGGAAAUGGAGUGUCCCACAGCCAAUUUGAGGGGUUGAGUGCUCUUGUCCCUUUUACACAUGGGAUGGGCCUUGUCUCCGACGACAUUUUCGAGGAAGUUGAACGUGCUUGCAAAGGGAAUUAUCAAAAUGCAAGUGAUAGUUGCUAUAAUAGUAUUGGUAAAAUUGACCAAGCUCUCUCGGGGCUAAACAUUUAUGACAUCCUUGAGCCUUGUUACCACGAUCCAGCGUCCGAUCAACAUGCAAAAGGAAACACAAGCUCAAAUUUGCCGAUUAGCUUCCAGCAAUUGGGGGCAACUGACAGGCCUCUCAAGGUGAGGAAGAGAAUGUUUGGCCGUGCAUGGCCGCUUUGGGCGUUCGAAAAGGACGGUAAUUUCCCAUCGUGGUCGGAACUUGCCUUGCAAGGAAGUGUCCCAUGUGUUAACGACGAAGUCGCAACUACAUGGCUAAAUGACGAAUCUGUUAGGACAGCAAUUCAUGCCGAGCCGAAAUCCAUCGCCGGACCUUGGCAAAUAUGCUCCGACAGAAUAGAUUAUAGAUACGGUGCUGGAAGCAUGCUUCCAUACCAUAAAAAUCUUACCGCCCAAGGAUAUCGAGCCCUUAUUUACAGUGGAGACCAUGAUAUGUGCGUGCCAUUCACUGGUACGCAAGCGUGGACAAGGUCACUUGGAUACAAGAUAAUAGAUGAAUGGAGGUCUUGGAUGUCUAACGAUCAAGUUGCCGGAUACUUGCAAGGAUAUGACAAUAACCUAACCUUUCUCACCAUCAAGGGGGCAGGGCAUACAGUUCCUGAAUACAAACCACGAGAGUCGUUGGAUUUCUUCAAUCGUUGGUUGGAUGGAAAGCCAAUAUAAAAAUUAGGGGAUUGAAUAAUUGAGGUCUUAGUAUACACAUAUUCUGAUUUUGUGUUAUCUUCUUUUAUAUAAUAAAAUGAACUCUUUUUUUUUUA